GACCCGACCUCCCACCUCCAAUCUCUCCAAUUGAAUGGCCUAGAACGACGGCCGUGGAAGGGGGGUGGAUCACCAAAUCAUCACUAAACACACCACCACGACCGUCUUUCGACUGGCCUACCUUACUCAACCUUCCAAACUUCCCGUCCCGUCCACCACGAACCAGCCCAGACCAGGCCAGGCCUGACAAGGGCACUGUGUCCCUGCACGUUCGACACCUUUUUCUCUCUUCGGGGAUCCUGUACAUACAUCUCACGCCUCGACCUUGACCUCGAUUUUGACACGCUCGACUCACCUCAAAACCCCCCGGGCAUCUGUCCUUGACUGCACUUCUCUUUGAGGAGAAUGAGAAGCGGCAGUAGCAGUGAGAGAACCACUACAUCGUUGCUCUCAGGUACCCAUCCUCUGGAGGGCAGGCAAAGUAAAUCAUCAACAACCAGCCCGGUCUCGAGCUUCCCCCGACAUUCGACGGUCAGCAACGAAACAGCAGGUUCUUCAGACUUUUGAGAGAGAGAGAGAGAGAGAGAGAGGGCCACGGCGCCAGUCUCACGGUUCACCUCCAAGGUCGCCGGGCUAGAAGAAGAUACCUUGCCAAAGCAAGCAAGCCCUUCACUCUCCGUCCCUACAUUACUCUAUACCUUGCUUUGCCUUGCCUUGCCUUGCCUUACCUUGCCUCGGACGAGGCACUGGACCACACGGCACCCGUACCGCUCUGCACCACACACCCCCAACGCCCCGGGGAAGCUUGGAUCAUUCAUUCAUUGCAACUACCAAAUUUGGUCUCUUUUUUCCUAAUCCCAUCUAACCCCCUUCUCCUCUCUUUCCCUUCCUUCCUCACUCACGAACUCCCAUCUUCUUCUUAGAGCUUCAUCUUCUUCCAUUGGCGACGGAUCCAGGGCCGCUUCUUGAGUAACAUCGGUUACGACCUGUCCGGCAGACGGCUACUCCAUCUUUGUUGGACACGGCAGAGCAAACAGCUGUUACUGCCCACGCUGCUACUCGGACCAGAUCGCUAUCUCCAACAACAAGAUCGACGUUGCUGCAGCUUCUGCCUCUACUCCCGUCGCUCGUUUUCGCUUUGCGCCUACGCCGCACCCCCCUCCGACAACCACUUUCACCCGCAUUCACAGCAUGUGUGGCCGGCGAAUGACUCGACACCAGUCAGAUUCAAGAUCCAGCGUCGCGAACCAGAACAGAGGCAUCACUAGCCGUGCCUGGGAACUUGAAUGUGAACAACGUUGAUCAGCGCAUUGAUCUACAGAUACAGCUGUAUUUGUUGUUCAUCCCACUACUAGAAAUCGCCCGCUACGUGCGCGCGUCAAAGUCUGCACGCAGCGAAAGACACCCUCGAGCUUCGGACCACGAAGCCAGGCACUGCCGCUCGACAACGGCGUUGCUGCCGCCGCUUAGCUGUGGUGUGCCGCCAAGUGUGCUUGCCUGUGCUACGUUGUGCUGUGUUUCCUCGCUUCGUUGCUCACCGUCUCUCCCGCUCCCGCUGGUAAUCAUUGCCGGUGCCGAACGGGGGGGUUUCUAGAAAUUUUGCAUUUCACGGCACAAAUGGCCGCCGCAACCACCUCUGCCCCGGAAAUGGGCACAGUCACAACAACACUGCAUCCCAACACGAACCUUGCUGCAGUUGCUCCCAUGGGCUCGAUACCUAACAACGCCCCAACUCCUUACGAAACAUCACCAACUCUACCAUCUCCCCAUACUCUCUCUACCGGCGCGCCGGGACCCACGCCUGCACCUGCGGGAACCCCUGUACCACCACCUGCUGCCGGCGGAGCAUCAACCUCGGCGGCGGCGGCGGCAGCGGCAGCAGCAGCGGCGGCGGCUUCGGCAUCACGCAGUGUCAAGAGGCCGCGGCCCGUCAAGUCGUGCACCGAAUGUCGCAAGCGCAAGUUGAGAUGUGAUCGCAACUUGCCAUGCUCGCAAUGCCAAAAGUCACAUCGCAACUGCAAGUAUGCCGCCGAACACGACUCGUCAAUGCUCUCAGAUGGCUCGGAUGCCGAGAUGGGCGAGGUGCAGCGUCCGCCGAAACGGAACUGCCUGCCCACAACCGCGACAUCAGGUCCACAGACGGCUGAGUCGUCUUUUGUGCCUUUGCGCAACGGGGAAUCAACUGGUCACACUGCUUUGGAGGAACUCACUUCACGAUUGGACCGCUUGGAGAAACAAUUCAUGAUUAGGAGCCCUGCAGGCACGGAAUUCAGCGGAACUGGUCAGCGUUUGCCGCUAUCGCCGGAAACAAUUCGUGGGCUGACGGUGAAGAGAGGCGCCCUACGGACUCGAUUUUUUGGCCAGAACAGUGUGCGCGUUUUGUUGAACUUGUUUGACGAGGCCAAAGACUUCAUGGCAAACCAGUCCAAGAUUGAGGGUAUCCGGGAGACCAUGUACGGUCUGCAGAUACUACACAAGAGGAUCCAAGAGGAGUACCGAAAGUCCUUGUCCCCGAUAUCCGUCUUUGCCGAUUCGGUUAUCCCAGUCCAGAAGCGCAUGCAGGAUAUUCUUCCCAAGAAAUCGAUAUGUGACAGGCUACUGGCUUCUUACAUCGACACGUCCGAGACCAUUUACCGAAUGAUUCAUGUUCCUACUUUCAAAGAACAACACGAGUUGUUCUGGGAAGGGAAACUACAGGGGGACACAUUUCUUCCCCAGCUUCUGACUGUGCUGUCCAUUGGCUCGAGAUUCGAGACCAAGUCGAAGGGACUGGGUCAUGAGCGCGUGGAGGGAGUUCAUAUCCCCACAGCGUGCGCACUGGUCAGGUCGUGGCUCGAUGGUUUGAAGGGCAAACAGCUGGUUGAUUUGACAACGUUGCAGACCGAGAUUCUCCUCGUCCACGCUCAGAGGAUGACCACGCCGAGGCCACAGGAUUCGUGGGCGCAAUUAGGUUAUAUCGUACGCAUGGCCAUGACCAUGGGCAUGCACCGAGACCCAUCGGAAUUCGAACCUCGGGUGCCGGUGUUUUUUGGUGAGCUACGGCGGAGGCUGUGGUUCACGAUACUGGACAUGGAUCUGCACCUCUCGCUGGCAUGCAACCUGUCCUGCCUCGUGCGUGAUGGAGACUUCACCUGCCGACCUCCCCGAAACCUUGACGAUAGCGAUUUGUUCUUCGACAUGAAGGAGCUCCCGCCGAGCAAGCCCAUCGACCAACUUACCGACAACCAGAUGCAAGUAUACGCUGCUAUGACGUUGGGAGCUCGGAUGCAGGUUGCGCACCUGAUCAACCGCGUGGAUUCGAUCCGGGACUACAGCGAGAUUAUCGAAGUUGGGACGAAGCUCGACCGGUUCUUGGAGGACAUCAACUACCUGUUCCCGCGACAAGGUAUACUAAACGAAGUCGAAAAGAGCAAGCAGUGGAGGUCGAGGGUCAUCCUCGACAUGCACGUCCGACGUCCUCUGCUGGCUCUGUACCGCCCAUUCGCGCUCGGUUUGCCGGAUGCUCCAUCCCAGAUAUCGAGGGCUUAUUUGCGAUCUUCAAUGGUUAUUAUGCGAUACCUCGACGAACUCGACCCGCUCCUCAGUCAUUUCCAGGAUGUCAGCGACAUGUAUCACAUGGUACUGAAGAAGGACAUUUUGCAGGCAGCCUUUAGCGUGUGCUUCUACAUCAAGGCAGCAACCGAAUCCCAUAUCAACGGGAAUACAUUUGGAAUAGCAUCUACCGUGGCCAUGUCCCCGGAUCCGAUGGAUGAUGGGGUCACCUUCAGCACCGAAACAUUUGCGCUCUGGUCACCAUCUCGCUUGAUCAAGACGGUCGAGAAGACGCUCAACCUACUUGUUCGCAAUGUUGGUGGCAACGACGUCAAGGAUAUUGUCGCGCUCGCCGUGGUUCUGGCCUCGGUUCAGUCCACGAACCAAGAGCAGAAGCUGCAAGACAUUCGACGCAGCCUUCAAGGCGUGCUCGACGCCUGUCAGACGGCUACGAAUACUAGCCCCGAGAAGAUGUCCUUGCCCAACCCGGCCGACCCGAUGGAUCCCUACAUGCAGACGAGGCCUCCGUUCAUGUUUCAUGCAAAUGCGUCGGCGGCUGCGGUAAGUGACUACGGCGGCUGGGUGCUGUGGGACGGAUGGGACUGGGCUGAUGCGUGGUCGGCAGACUCCGGAUGAUUACGCGGACUGGGACUUGGACUACUGGAAUCCGAUGAUACCAGGCCCCUCCUAACAUAACAUGAUGCGGGGUUGAGGAUAGGGGUAGGAUAUGAUCGAGGGAGACCGGAACACCCCAAAAUUCGCCCGUGCCACGAACACCUUGUGGCUUGGGGUUGUUUUGCUGGGAUUCUGCGUUGACAAAUACACGACAAAUACCGCGGCAGCGGUACGAAACUCCCCCUUUGCGGGGACAUCAUGGCGAUCCAAGAGGACCCGUCGACCUUUGUCCUUGCUGGACAUGUACGACCAAUCACAUGUCAACCGAUAACAACAACAAGAACAACUGGACUGCCGGCGAGGAUGAGCAGGUCAUAAUUCAGCAGUUGUUACUCACUUGUAGCACUUCUCUGGGUAAGAGAGGGAUGCGAUGCUAGACGAUGAUUAUGCAGAUAUUCUAGCAGGGGAAACAAAGAGAUGCGAAAAAAAGCCCACUGUGGGCAAGGGUGAGCACACGAGUAGAAACUCUGUAAAUACAUUACACCAAAGAUACCAACAAGCAGCGGAGGAAGAAACCAAAAAGAAG